UUGAUUGUCCCGCCUCUAUAAUAAUAACUACUAUCCCGGAUUGCUGAGUUGGCAGUGGCAGUUAUAUACUCAGCAAGACACUGCAUUUCAAGGCGGACCUCCCUGGCACGCCCGAAUCAACCCAUAUAUUUUUCAUAUUAAGUGCAUAUGGUAGUAGAAGCCCUCGGACAGCUUCUCCCUGACCAGACAUUGUGUACUGGUUCAUCCAGAGCUAUACACCUAUAUCAACAGUCAAAAUGGCUGCCGCUAUAGGUCAGACGAUCUCCGUGAUAGAUAAGUCUGGCAAAGUCGUUAGCACCAGCAAACAUCUCUUCAGUGUAUUCAAAGAAGCUCGUUCUGCCUACAAGGAACGUAAGGCCGUCAUCCGAAGUGCCGAGGAAGCAAAAAAGGCGGAACGAGAUACCCGCCGGGCUCUCGCAGCAUACACCCUCGAAGAUGACCGCUCCACGACUUCUAAACGACACCUAGGCCGAGCCAAAUCGGUUGUUCGGCAUCAUGACGAUGACAGGCAAAGCAGACAUCACAGUCACCACUCAAGCAGGUCACAAAAACGCCGGUCAUUCGAAUUUGAAGUUCGAUCCGAGUAUCCAGAUGGCUACCAUCCCAACUCCCAGCUCGCAAGGCGUCAUACGGAGCAUAACCUUUCCAUGGCAAAGCCUGUUAGGCCCCCGUAUGGCGAAGCACGCGCCCACACUCUUCCAAAAGUCGAUAUGGAUCUCGCAUACGGUGAAUUCCAUCAAUCUGCACUUGAUCGGCUCGACCCGGAACCUAGCGAUAUGCCCGGGCUCGUAGGGAGGGUCAAGGAUCUCCUUGUUGAAGCUGACUGCGCACACCACUCGGUUACGGCAACGAUUGCUCACCUGCAGUCAAACCCAGAUGCCAUGGCUGCUGUUGCUCUCACCUUGGCUGAAAUCAGCAAGCUAGUGUCUGAUCUCGGUCCCACAGCCCUUGCGACCUUGCGAGCCAGUGCACCAGCAGUCUUCGCCCUCCUGGCCAGCCCACACUUCAUGAUCGCAGCCGGUGUGGGUAUCGGUGUCACAGUAGUCAUGUUUGGAGGAUACAAGAUCAUAAAACAGAUCUCAUCGAAGCCAGAAGGAGUCGAAGAACGGCAACUCGAAGCUCCUGUUAUGGUGGACGAGCUGCUUGAAAUCAAUUCUGGCAUGAGCCGCAUUGAAGGUUGGAGAAGGGGAGUGGCAGAGUCUGAGGCUGAGAGUUGUGGAACAUCUGUUGACGGGGAGUUCAUCACGCCCACAGCAGCAGCAAUGUCUCGUGUGAUGCUUAACGAGCAGCACGCGUACGAUAAUGACCGUCGAAGCGAAGUCAGAAGCAGCCGGAUACUCCCCGCGCCAACUCGAGUAUCUUCAUAUGUUGGAGGCAGCGUGUACGAGACGGGCUCGCAGUAUUCACGCCGCUCACACUCGUCCAGGCACUCCAAAAGCUCCAAAACGUCUCGGUCCCACAGUGAGAGCAAGCAUAAGAAAGAUGAGCUGAAGGAGAAGGAAAGGAAGAAGAAGAAGAAGCCCUCCCCCUUGAGAAAGCUGUUUAGCUGAUAUCCCGCACGUUUGUUGUAUUGUUCCUGAUGACCGUCAUGUAUACGUGAGAUUUUGCCACCGGAUCUAAUGACCUAUCCGGGUGUUUUUUUUUUUUUUUUUUUUUUUUUUGGACUGAUUUAUAUCCCACAUUUUGGGUCUGCUUAUACUUAUCUUCAUUUGAAGAGUGGGAUGUCUUUUCUUCUAUCUGUAUUUUUGUUGCAGGCGUUUAUAUGUUCAAUCUAGAUAUGGAUCUAGAUCAGCCCGUCUAGCCCGCGAGGGUGAUAUAUAACGGGAUACACGAAAAAUCCACGAAUCAGAACCGUAAACCUAGCUCUUCACCCAGCUGUUCGCUCUUUUAUCUUGACUUCCCAAUCUGCCGCCUUGUCUGUUGCUGAAAUCCAACUUUGAUAUCUCUAACUUUC